AUGAAGCAGAGUACCCCCACAGAAAUCGAGCGAUCCAUGGAGAAGAUCAUUACGAUCUUCCAGAGGUACGCCGGCAAGGAAGGCAAUGCCACCUCCAUGAACUUCAAGGAGUUUGAGCAGUUCAUGACCACAGAGCUGGGCUCCUUCACCAAGAACCAGAAGGACCCGCAGAUCCUACAGAAGAUAAUGAAGUCUGUAGACGGUGGGGUCGAUGGGAAGAAGGACGGAGAGAUUGACUUUCAAGAGUUUCUCAACCUCAUCGGUGGGAUGAUGGUGGCCUGCCAUGAAGCCUUGAUGAAGUGCCCACCAAAGCAAAAGGUAUCUUCCUCGCCUAUCCCUCCAAACCUAUCUGAGCUUUCCCGCCUCUGCCUCCCCGACGGGCAAACUUGUUGCUUAGCAGCAUUUGUGUGUUGA